AGCGCAGCCCGCGCCUCCGCGGGAGCCAAUCGGCCGUGGAGACUCGCGGCGAGGCUCCGCGCGCCCGGCCGAUGACGUGGGGACCGUGACGACACCUGUGUUGACAGGAGCCACGGCCGGCCUCGCGCUCCCGCUCCGGCGAGCGUCUCGUGCCCUUCGGAGGAGCCCUCCGCGAGACUCGCAGUCCGCGGAUGCACGAGCGCACCGAUGGCCGCGCUGUACGCGUGCACCAAGUGCAACCAGCGGUUCCCGUUCGAGGCGCUGUCCCAGGGCCAGCAGCUGUGCAAGGAGUGCCGCAUCGCCCACCCCAUGGUGAAGUGCACCUACUGCCGCACUGAGUUCCAGCAGGAGAGUAAAACCAACACCAUCUGCAAGAAGUGCGCUCACAACGUGAAGCUCUACGGCACGCCCAAGCCGUGCCAGUACUGCAACAUCAUUGCGGCCUUUAUCGGCAACAAGUGUCAACGCUGCACCAACUGGGAGAAGCGGCACGGCCCCCCGCAGCCCUGCGAACAGUGCAAGCAGCAGUGCGCCUUCGACCGCAAGGACGACCGCAGGAAGGUCAGUGCCGCCGCCGCGCGCGCGCCUGCGUGUACACGCGCACACCUGUCUGAGAGGGCGUACCUGUACCUGGACGCGCAGGUGGACGGAAAGCUGCUCUGCUGGCUCUGCACGCUCUCCUACAAGCGGGUGCUCCAGAAGACGCGGGAGCAGCGCAAACAGCUCGCCUCCUCCUCGCACACGUCCCUCUCGCAGAAGGAGCAGCUGGCGCACCUCAGCAGCGGCCACUACAACAGCCAGAAGACCCUGUCCACGUCCUCGCUGCAGAAUGAGAUCCCCAAGAAGAAGGCCAAGUUCGACAGCAUCUCCACCAACGGGGACAGCCUGUCGCCGGACCCGGCGCUCGACUCCCCGGGGACAGACCACUUCGUCAUCAUCACUCAGCUGAAGGAGGAGGUGGCCUCGCUCAAGAAGGUUCUGCACCAGAAAGACCAGCUCAUCCUGGACAAGGAAAAGAAGAUCACUGAGCUGAGGGCUGAGUUCCAGUACCAGGAGAGCCAGAUGAGGACCAAGAUGAACCAGAUGGAGAAAACUCACAAGGAUCUGGUCGAGCAGCUCCAGACGCGCAACAGGGAGCUCAUGAAGCAGGUGGCCGCUCUGUCCAAGGGCAAGAAGCCGACCAUGAUGUCCCCUUGAGGAGCCAGAGGGUGACGCUGGUGGGCGGCGGGGGGGACGGAGACGGGGACA